AGAAGUGCUCGUGGAGUCAGCUGGCGCGCACCUCGUCCCCGCCUACCAGGAAAGGAUAUCUUGUCCCUCUCAUCUCCCCCUUAGAAGCAUCCCUAUUACUCCUCUCCCUAAUUUCCUCUCACUCCUCAUCUCCCUCUCGCAGCCUCCUCCUUCUCCUCUUACUCCUCCUCCUUCAAGAAGUGCCUCUCAUGUGGUGUUCAGUGAGGACGCGAAAGUAACAGUGCCAGUGAGUGCCAAACCUGAGUGCCACGUAAAGGAGAGAGAGAGAGAAGGAAAUAGAUAAAGACAACGAAAAGGAAAGGAAGGAAAGGAUAGAGAAAGAAAGGGUUAUAUACCAAAAUUCAACUAUACAAGAAGAACGGAGAGAGGAAAGAAAGAGAGAUUAUUAGAGAGUGAGAAAGAUAGAAGGAUUAAUACCAAGACAUUAGUACGAAGAAAAGGGAGAAAGGAAAGAGAGAGAUCGAAGAGUACUAAGAGGAGGAAGAGACGAGAGAUCAGAAGUGUGUGUGUUCGCGUGUGUGUACUAGCAGAAGGAUGAUGUGUCGUGUGGGUGUGUGUCGGGUGGGCGGGCUGUGGGCGUGGGCGGUGGUGAUGCUGCUGAUGGUGGUGAUGAUGCCCCACGCCCACACCCAGGAGAGACACAUCCGCUACGUCCGGGCUGAUGAGUUACGAGACUACAACGGCCGCUGCUACGAUGCCGAGCGGUGUUCCCUGCACACCACGGGCGAGACCUGGACCGUGGACAGCACCUGCGAGCAAGCCACCUGCGUCCAGGCCUCCAACGGGACCCUGCUGGAGAAGAGGAUCAGGUGCUCGGAGCUGCUGCCGCUCUUCAACGAGAACUGCUACAUCGUGAGGGUGGAGGGCAAGGCCUACCCACACUGCUGCCCGCAACUCUACUGCGAGGGGAAGCUGGUGUCCUCCUCACCGCCCUUCUAAGCAGUGUCUCUAGCAAAGCUGUUUUAUAUAGGCGAUGUAGUAGUGCCUCUCCGUGCCUGUUUGAACGAGUCUCCCUUUCUCUCUGCUCGUUUUCUGUUUUAAGCAGUGCCUCUCAAGCGUUCUUAUAUUUCAAUCAGUUCAGUGUAUUCUAAGCAGUACCUAUGUGUCUACUUUGUUUAGUGCUCAUCUACUCUUCUUUAUCUUCGUUUUGCAUUCUGCCUUUCACUUUUUUCUAUAUUCUAUCGAGUGGUUGUCUCCGUCUGUUCUAUCCAUUCUCGGUAAUAGUAUUUUAUGUCUCUUCUAUCUAUCUCUAACACAUAAACGACUUGUGUCAAUUUUUCAUACAUAGCUCCGACUCUUUUUAACAUAACUUCAAAAAAUAGGUUUCCAUCUACCUUUCGAUAAUUCAUUGCACUGUAAACAUUAAACAAAUCAUCUUUUAAGCCUUCAAUAGUGUUAUAUCAUCAUGCCAUCCUGUGUAGCAUCAAGUGUGUUUAUCUCAAGCAUUCAAAAAACAUAUGAGCGAGACACACGACCACACCAAACCUUUAGAAAUCAGAUCAGAUCCUCAUUGUCACGAGGUCACUAGCGCCUUAGUAUGAUUCUAGAGGAUUAAAUCAUCAUGACAUCCUGUGUAGCAUCAAGUGUGUUUAUCUCAAGCAUUCAAAAAUCUUAUGAGCGAGACACACGACCACACCAAGCCUUUAGAAAUCAGAUCAGAUCCUUAGAGUCACGAGGUCACUAGCGCCUUAUGAUUCUAGAGGACUCGGAUGAGCAUCUUAUAUAAUUAUACUCUUUUGACCAGUCUCAUCUCCCACCCCAGCAUCCACCACCAGCUACCUCCGUCCCACCAAUAGUAUUCAGAAAACAAUUGAGCAUCUUCUUUCCUCACAUAUCUCCAGAAGUCAAAUGAGCACCAGCACAUUUUUGUACCAUAUCUCAUCUCCUCAUAGCAUCCACUUCUAAUUUCACUGCUAAUCUCACUUUUAAUCUCACCUUUCAUUGAAGAAAACGAUGUAAUUAUAUUUCUCGUGUACAUUUUUUGGCCGUUGUCAGUAGUUGGUGUAAUGCUUUUUUAUUAUACUUAUCCACUUCAUCAUUUUUUCGCUCAAGUUGUCGAUAUUUCUUUGUCAUUCCGUUCAUGCCAUUCAACAUCAAUAGUUUUUCUCUUCAUAAGCAUUCCGUCUUUUUUCAGUCAAGUUGUCCAUAGGUUUUGUGUCUAUGCAUUCCGUCUCUUUAUCCUUAAGUUGUCAAUAGCUAAUGUAAUUGCCUUUAUUUUUAUUUAUACCUUCCAUUUUUUUCUUAUUGCCAAACUGUAGUUCUUUCUUGUAUAUAAAUAUCGUAGGAUUAAGAUUCUUUUAGAGUUCUGUUUAUUAUCUAUCUAUUUAUCCAUCCAUUUCUAUCUUCAUCUCUGUAUCAAUCUAUUCCUAUCUCUCUAUCUAUCUAUCAGAGCAGACCGUUCCACAUGAUUAAUUAUAAUUAUUAAUAAUACGAGGUAUGUUAACACUUCGGUCUUGAUAAACCUUUAACUUAACAUAUUUCAGAAUAACACACACACACACACACACACACACACACACACACACACACACACACACACACACACACACACACACACACACACACACACACACACACACACACACACACACACACACACACAGAUAUCGCUCACCCCUGUUUAUAUACCUGUAAAUACCUAGGUAGACCAAUAGGGAAGUAAAGGUAGUUUGUAAUGUAGAGAUAAGGUUUUGAUCACGGGACUAACACGAAGAGCUGCCCCGCCCGACCUCCUUAUACCCCGAUCCCUUAUAGCCUAAUCCCUUAUAGCCCAAUUCCUUAUAGUCCAGUCCCUUAUACCCCAAUCCCUUAUACCCCAAUCCCUUAUACCCUAAUCCCUUAUACCCCAACCCCUUAUACAUCAAUCUCUUAUACCCCAAUCCCUUAUAGCCCAAUCCCUUUAUACCCAAUCCCAUAUAGCCCAAUCCCUUAUACCCCAUUCCCUUAUAGCCCAAUCCCUUACAAACCAACCCCUUUAAAAUAAUAUACCCAAAAAGUAGACUCUAAGAUCAUGUUUACUAAUUACUUAAUGAGUUCGUCAUUAUACCUCUUUUUUUUUUUAAUCAAAGGGAAGGAAGUAAAUAUGUAUAUACACUAGACAGUAAUACAUACAUACAUACAUACAUACAUACAUGCAUACAUACAAAUAUACAUACAGGAGAGUUCAGAAGGAGGGGGGCGGGGCAAGGCAGGAGGGGGGACUGAUUAUAAUUACCAAUCUUGUUUUUAUUACUUUUACUAUCAUUAUUAUCCAUUCAUUACCACUAACAGCUAAAAAAACAUAGUCCUCCCUCGCAUCAGCCCCCCGGCGACGAAAGGUUUAAUAAAUAUUUUUGUACAAACACAGAA